GGCCACCAACCUCAAAAAAUAAAGACUCUGUUUUUGUGUGUUUGGAUUCUCUUCUCUUUACUUCCAAAUUUCCAAUUUGUAUAUUCUUCCUUCUUUCAAUCAAAAUCCAGUUAUUCAUUUUUCUCAACUGGGUCUUGUUCAAUCUCUAUUGGGGUUGUGAAUUCUACGUUUCUGAGUUUCAAAGUUUCUUCCUUUUCACUUUCUGGAUUUGGGUUUGUUUCAUUUCUCAUCCGGGUCUCCAAUAGAAUUUGAAUUUUCAGGGUUUGUUAGGUUAGUCUGAAAUUCUCAAAGUUUGAAAAGUGAAAAACUGAAAAUGACAAUUGGAAAUCUUGCACCUAAGACAGAGAAGAAGAAAUCAUCAAGAAAGAGCAAGAACAAGGCUAUUGUUAGUGAAAAUACACCUUUGUUGCCCAAAAGUGAAGCCCAUGAAAGUGAUUCUGGGUUUGAUGAUUUCAAUGGAGCUUCAUUUUCUGGUGCUGUUUUCAACUUGGCAACUACAAUUAUUGGUGCUGGAAUCAUGGCUUUGCCUGCAACCUUGAAACAGUUGGGGUUGAUUCCUGGUCUUGCUGCUAUACUCAUCAUGGCUUUUUUGACUGAGAAGUCAAUUGAGCUUUUGAUUAGGUUUACAAGGGCAGGGAAAUCCGUUUCAUAUGCUGGUUUGAUGGGUGAUUCCUUUGGGACUAAUGAAACAGAACAAGAAAUGCAAGAAGAAUAUCAUGUGGUGGUCACGUGCUGUACUAACUAAUGAAAAGUUCAAACAUAACAAUAAUACUCUAGUGAGAAACCGAAAUCAAUUCCAAAGCACAAAUAGAAACAAAACAACUACGAAGCUUAAACCACAUCACUAGAAUGCGAAUCAGAAAGGAACGCGACAACGCCAGUGAUGCAGAUCCAAACACAGCAGCAGCAGAACCAUUUAUCUGCCCUCACGGUGGUAUUAUAGUCAAUAAAAAAGUUCACAGCAUUGACAAUAAUAAUUGACAUCUCUAGCUAGAAGUUAAUAAUCAUCAUAAUUUUUAUACUUCAUACUCUUAAUAACAAUAUCUGAUCUUAACAGUUGAUCAGAACAGGUGGAUGGCCAGCUGUAGUCCUUAGGUGCAGGUGGUAGACGACGGUCUGAGCAGCUUUACCACGGAGGGGGGGGGUUGUACCUGCAGGUGCUCCGAUGCCAAAGUCAGUAAGGGUAGAGAGCAAGAGGUACAAGAGAGAGAAGUUAGAGAGAGAGUAAUUAUGGAAUGAAUAGUGUCUACCUUGCUCUCCCAUGAGGGAGAGUAUUUAUAGCCCCCCCAGCUCUGGGCCAAAGGUCCCCUUAAUGGGCUGGAUCAGCCAAUGCCCAUUAAGAGGGACUGCCAAGAUAUCACCCUUAGAUAGUGGGUAGAGUAGUAAUUUUACCCUAUCUUGGUGGAGAGGUUGUUCCAUGCUGACAUGUGGACUUUGUGAGGGUCUAGGUGGACUAGCAUUAGUCUAGUCCAGAACAAUAUCUCCCAUGAAAAUGGAUCAAAGUUCAAUCCUAUACUUAUGGUAUUAUAGUCAAAGCUCAAUCUAGGUUUAAUAAAACUAAUGUCAAGGUUACUUAUGGCACUAAAUAGCAUAUUGUAGAACAACAGUUAGAACUUAGAACUACAUGCGUAGUUAGAAACAGACACUUUUCGGAUUAGACAUAUUACGACACAGAAACAUAUGAUUAUAUUGAAUUAUUAUUUUUUUCAAAUUAUUAUCGAUAUUAGUGUCUAUGUCGUAUCCGGUGUUUAUGUUUCAUAAGAUACAAUACAAGUAUACAAGAAAAACAAUAAAGAACUCAAAAUAAGGAAGACAAUUAGACACUGGUGUGAAAAUGUUAUCAAACAGAAUGAAAGCAAUGAAAUUAACCAACAUAAAAAGUAAUUUUUAAAAAACACAGACAAGUUACCGAAAACGAUGUGAUCCACUCCGUGUGGCGUAGGAAGCGUUAUUGGUGUUGUUUGGUUCUUUCCCGGCGAUGUGUUCUGUUCAGACAGCAACGAAACAGCAACGUUUCAUUUGCCACACUUUGCAUCAAGUAACACCUUUUUUUUCAUGUUCUGCUUUGUGGUUCUUAAAACUCAUGGCAUUUCACGUAGAUUCACCUCACUUUUCAUGCUUAACAGAGAAUCACUAUGCUAUUUCUCUUCUUCAACACAAUUACAACCCAUAUCAUCAUCAUCUUCUUCAAUUGUGGUUCCAUCACAAUCUAUGGUCCAAAGGGUAUGCUCAAUGGUGUGUGAAUUUUACAAUCCUAAUGCCAACAUGAGAGUUUCACCUCCAAGACUCCAUCUUGGGAUUGAUGUUGAUUCCUUAACACAUGAGCAAGCUGUUACCAUUGUUGCUUCACUUGCAAGUGAUGCUGGUUCAAUGGUGGCACUUAGUUUCUUCCAUUGGGCAAUUGGGUAUCCAAAGUUUCGAUAUUUUAUGAGGUUGUAUAUAGUGUGUGCGACAUCUUUGCUCGGGAAUAGGAAUUCGGAGAAAGCUCAUGAAGUUAUGCAGUGUAUGGUGAAGAGUUUUGCUGAGAUUGGGAGGUUGAAAGAGGCUGUGGAGAUGGUUAUUGAAAUGCAUAACCAAGGUUUGGUUCCGAAUACUCGGACUUUGAAUUGGGUGAUUAAGGUUGCAAGUGAAAUUGGUUUGGUUGAAUAUGCAGAGUUGUUGUUUGAGGAAAUGUGUGUGAGAGGGGUUCAACCGGAUUCUGUUAGCUAUAGGGUGAUGGUUAUUAUGUAUUGUAAGAUUGACAAUGUUUUGGAGGCAGAUAGAUGGUUGAGUGCCAUGCUUGAGAGGGGUUUUGUGGUUGAUAAUGCAACAUUUACGUUAAUAAUCAGCAAAUUUUGUGAAAAGGGUUAUGCAACUAGAGCGCAAUGGUAUUUUCGUAGGUUAGUUGAUAUGGGUUUGAAGCCUAAUUUGAUUAAUUUCACAUCUAUGAUUGAAGGUUUGUGCAAAAGGGGUAGCAUAAAGCAAGCAUUUGAAAUGUUGGAGGAGAUGGUUGCUAAAGGUUGGAAACCUAAUGUGUAUACUCAUACAUCAUUAAUUGAUGGACUUUGCAAGAAAGGAUGGACUGAAAAAGCGUUUAGAUUGUUUCUUAAGCUUGUUCGAAGUGAAAAUCACAAGCCAAAUGUGCUUACAUAUACUGCCAUGAUAAGUGGAUACUGUAGAGAGGAAAAACUAAACCGGGCAGAGAUGCUGCUGAGCCGAAUGAAAGAGCAGGGAUUAGUCCCGAACACCAACACUUACACAACUCUCAUUGAUGGGCAUUGCAAAGCAGGAAAUUUCGAAAGAGCAUAUGAUUUGAUGAAUCUAAUGAGUAGUGAAGGUUUCAAUCCUAAUGUAUGUACAUAUAAUGCCAUUGUUGAUGGCCUUUGUAAAAGGGGAAGGGUACUUGACGCUUACAAAAUGCUUGAGGAUGGCUUUCAUAAUGGCCUGAAACCAGAUAAAGUUACCUAUAAUAUUCUAAUGUCCGAACAUUGCAAACAGGCAAAUAUCAGGCAAGCAUUGGUGUUAUUCAAUAAGAUGCUAAAAAGUGGUAUUCAAAUUGAUAUUCAUUCAUACACCACAUUGAUUGCAGUCUUCUGUAGGGAAAGUAGAAUGAAAGAAAGUGAGAUGUUUUUUGAGGAAGCUGUGAGAAUUGGGCUCAUUCCUACAAACAAAACUUAUACAUCUAUGAUAUGUGGUUAUUGCCGAGAAGGAAAUUUGACCUUGGCUGUAAAGUUUUUCCAUAGGAUGAGUGACCAUGGCUGUGUUCCAGAUUCUAUUACGUACGGCGCUAUUAUAAGCGGCCUUUGCAAACAAUCAAAGCUCGAUGAGGCUCGGGGUCUGUAUGAUUCUAUGAUAGAAAAGGGACUUACCCCAUGUGAAGUUACUAGGGUAACAUUGGCUUAUGAAUAUUGUAAGGUAGAUGAUUGUUUAUCUGCUAUGGUUAUUCUAGAAAGGCUGGAAAAGAAACUCUGGAUCAGGACGGCUAAUACCUUGGUCAGGAAGCUUUGCAGUGAGCAGAAAGUAGGCAUGGCUGCACUGUUAUUUAAUAAGUUACUAGACAUGGAUGUUAAUGUUAAUCGCGUAAUAUUAGCAGCAUUUAUGACUGCAUGCUAUGAAAGCAAUAAUUAUGCUCUUGUUUCUGAUUUGUCUGCUAGGAUAAACAAGGAAAAUCGUUUGGACAUCAAAAACACAAAUUAACAACAAAAAAGUGCUUAGAGAGCUUUGGUCCCCUUGUAGGUCCCACCUAACCUAGCUUAACUCCAGAUUAAUUUGAGUUCAAGGUGGCAUUUGAAAAGGAGGGGUUCAGACCAGGAAAAAGUCAAUAAUUAGUAAUAAACAAUGUGCUUUUUAUUGCUGGAUGUACCUGUAUCUGUAAAUGAUAGGAUCUUGUGUUUGAAGAAGUAUCUGUGGGAUCGUCAUCAUGAAUUCUGCAUUAGCUUAGCGAUCAACAUUUGAGAUCACGAAGGGAAACAAUUGUGUAACUUCUCAUGUAAGGUACAUUUACCUCUCCACAUUGAAAUUUUAGAAAUUUAGAAAUCUUAAAAUGGUAUAGUUUAUCUCAAAAUUUGAAGGUUUAUUUGAUUUAGGUUUUCAUCAUUCGAUAUAAAUGCAGUGAUGAUGUUGUCAAGUGAAAUUAUCGCUUGGCACUAUGACAUGGUGGAUUAUUUGCCAUCCACCAUACGCCGCAAGGCCUAUUAUAUUCGCUGUGUUUCCUACAUAGGCAGCGAUACCAUAUGUAUAUUCGCUGUGUUUCCUACAUAGACAGAAAUACAGGAUAGACAACAGCAUGAGUGGAGUUUAUUUCAUGUACUCUUUUGCUGAAGCUGCUUCUCAUAACAAGUGCGGAUUUCCAAAUAGAAUUGACAUGUCAUAUGUAUUUAACCUGCACACUUUUUUACUCUCUGUAUAAUAAUCUCUUAAUUGCUGGAAAGGGAAAAAAGUGCGAGAUAAAUUUUAUACCUUUGUGGAGAAUCUUGAUGAUGGAUUUAUAUCAAUGAAACUUUUGCUGAGAGGUUUCUGACUUUUAUGCAAUAAGGAUUUGAAAAUUUUGAGUUUACAUAGUUUACACAA